AUGUCUGUGGACAACAGCUUCGAUAAUUUUGAAUAGUUGAUGUUUCCUUCCUACGAUGAUAUGUAAAACAGAGAGAAAAUAGAGGAGUAAUACAUUUUAGAUCCUAUACCAUAAGAAUAGGAAGACAAACCAAUUCUCUAAAAUCCAGCUAAUAAUGGGAAAACUUACUAAUAAUUAUUUGAAAUAGUUUAACGAUUAAAUGACAUUAACUGGGUGGAACCAUCAUCAAAAAUCACUCCUAUCAAGCACUUGACUCCAAUUACUUACUGGUUUAUUAUAUGUUCCCAAUACUUCCAAAAAGGUGCUGAUCCUAAAAUCAUCAAGUAUUCAACACUCUUUACCCUUUAGAAUCAAUUAAGAAUGCCAACAAGUUCAAGAAGAAACUACUCGUCCGUACACUUACUUUGACGAUUGGUUCAUUAUGGAGAUGAGAAACAUAGUAAACUAUAAUCUAAGAUAGAUGGUUAAAAGAAUUAUAACCCAAAAAUGAUUUAGAAUUAUUGUAGACUGAACUAGAACAACAAUUACUCGAUACCUAACUCCAAGUAAAUACUCAAAUAGAUACAAUAAAAAUAGAAAAGCCUACUUUGAAUAUUCAAAAUCCUUCUGAUUAUAUUCUCAAAGAUCUUGUUGGUUUAACAGAUAUUGAGAACCAAUAUCUUAUCUAUCUUGAAAGUUAACAAAAGUAAUUUAUAUAUUUUCAUAUCUAGAUAUUAUGAUGAAUCAAUUAUUAAUUAAACAAAAUCAUCUAAUUUAGCAGGAACAGCAAGAAAACUAUAAAAUGUUUAUAAUAAUUGUUAGAUUUGUAAUCAAGGUGUUAAAUCAGAAGAUCCACUUAUAUCUUGUUAGAAAUGUUAAAUAAUAGUUCAUUAAAAAUGUUAUGGAUUAGAGAAUGUAUUAAAUAAUUGGAUUUGUGAUGUUUGUUUGAAUUUUGGUAAUAAAGGAAAGUUUUUGAAAUGUCCUCUUUGUCCAAAAUUAGGUGGAGCUAUGAGACCAACUAAUAUUGCAAUGAAAGAUUCUAUAUUUGAAUAAAUUAAUCCUUCUUUUCAUACAUAUGCUAUCAAUUCUAAAGUUGAUAGACAAAGUAAUUAAAUAGAUUUAUUUUAGAACCUCCUCCUGAUGGUGAAGACAAUUAUAAUUUUAUGAUAAUAUAAUAUCAACUUGAAAAUAUGUCUGGGGAAUCACCAAAAGCUGAAAAGAUAUGGACUCAUGUUUCUUGUUCUUUAUGGUUAGAUUUUGAUCUAACAAAAAUUGAUAAAAGAAAAUUUAAUACUUUAUGUAGUAUAUGUAAAUAGAAAAAAAAUGGAGCAUGUUUAUCUUGUUCAAAAUCUAAAUGUACUAUAUCAUUUCAUCCUGAAUGUGCUAGAAGAUCUUAAAUUUAUAUGGAAUCCGAUAAUAUUUAUUGUUUUAAACAUUAACCUUUAAAAAUCAAGAGAAUAUUUGAUGAUUAACAUAAAUAAUGGAAGGAAGAGAUUUAUUCAUUUUUUAAAUAAUAUGAAAAAUUAGAAUAAUAAUUAGCUAAUAGACCUAAAAAUAAUGAUAUAGAAUUUUUAAAAUUUGAACUCAAAGCUUAAUAAGAAGAAAUUGAGGCUGAUAUUAAAUAAGAAAAUGAAUUAUUAUUUUAAAGAAUUACUGAUAUUUUGGAAAAGGAUGAAAAAUUCAUAGUCACAUUUUAAUAAAAUCAAGUUAUAGAUAUAUAAUUACCUUUAAAGAGAUAAUCAAUCUAUGAUAUUGAAGAAAAUGAUAAAAUUUGGUAAUAAUUGGCUAAUGAUAAAUAUUCUUCAGAAUAGGUAUACAUUCUAUAUCAAAGAGCUAUCAGAAUGAGAAAAAAGAAAAAGUAAGGUAAUGCAAUUAUAUAAUUGUAAAUGCCUUCAAUUUAGGAAUUACCAAAUAGAAAGAGACAUUCAAUUUAUUCUAGACCUAAAUUCUUUAAAUAUCAUAAAAAACAAAAAUAAAAUGGUGUAUCUAAUAAUAAUAAUACUAAUAAUAAUAAUACUAAUAAUAAUAAUAAUAAUAAUAAUAAUAAUAAUAAUAAUAAUAAUAUAUCUCUAAAAAUAAAAAUACCAAAAGAAGCUAUAAAUAUUUAAUAAUAAUAUUGUAUUUGCAAAUAAUAAAAUGAUGAAGAAAUGAUGUGUAUUAUAUUUAUUUAUUAUUUUAGAAUGUGAAAUUUGUUCAGAAUGGUAUCAUCUUAAAUGUUUAGGAUUUUUGAGUACUGUAGAAGAUGCCCAGAAUAUUUAUUUCUAUUGUUUUAGAUGUGAAUAGAAAUUAAAUCGAGAAUAAACCAAAUAUAUCAAAAGAUAUAAAUAAUAUUUUGCAGAUGCUACAUUUCGAGAUCUAAAAUUAAAGAUAGGAAUGUCCCCUCAUGAAUUAAGAGCUCAUGAAAAAAAGAAUUAUAAAUAGUUGUCUAAAUGA